AUGGGGAGUCCCUGGCAGUUCUGCUCACUGCUGGUCCUGCUGCUUGGCCUCAUGCUGCUUCAGGUGCAGGGGACGCAUCCUGACUGCUCCAUUGUCCUCUAUUUCCAAAAGCAAGAAGCAGAAUGUCUGGAGAUUAUCAGGAGGGAAAGCCAAACCCCAACCCACCCUGGAGCCCCCAGGCAGCAAGGCUGCCUGACAGAGUGGGAUGGAGUGAGCUGCUGGUCAGCCCUGCCCGUUGGCCAGUCCCAAGCUGUGGCCUGCCCUGACAUCCUCCACGUCUUCAAGAAGUCCCAAGUGCUGAUCCAGAGGAACUGCACCGAGGCAGGGUGGAGCUUCCCCAGCCCUCCCUACCACAGUGCCUGUGAGCUGGAGAGCAUUGGCAGCAGCAACGACACCGAGGCCAAGAGAGGCUAUUUUGUCACCAUGAAGGUGCUUUACACCUGUGGCUACUCCACGUCCCUGGCAGCCUUGUUCCUGGCCAUUGGCAUCUUCUCCUGCUUCAGGAAGCUGCACUGCACCAGGAAUUCCAUCCACAUCCACUUCUUCACCUCCUUCAUACUGCGUGGGGCUGCUGUGUUCAUCAAGGACAUUGUCCUCUUCUCAGACGAGUCCAUCGACCACUGCACCAUGUCCACAGUGAACUGCAAAGCAGCCAUUGCCUUCUUCCAGUACUCAGUCCUGGCCAACUUCUACUGGCUGCUGGUGGAGGGUUUGUACCUGCAGACCCUCCUGCUGCUCACCUUCACCUCUGACAGGAGGUACAUCUGGUGGUACAUCCUCAUUGGCUGGGGUGUCCCCAUGGUUACAGUUGGUGUGUGGGUGCUCACCAGGCUGCAGUAUGACAACCAUGGCCUGUACUGGUGGGUGAUCAAGGCUCCCAUCCUCCUGGCCAUAUUGGUGAACUUCCUCAUCUUCCUCAAUGUCACCAGGAUGCUGGCACAGAAGAUCAGGUCCCCAGACAUCAGCAGAAACUACAAGCAGCAAUACAUGAGGCUGACCAAGUCCACGCUGCUCCUGAUCCCUCUCUUUGGGGUGCACUACGUGGUGUUUGCACUCUUCCCCGAGCACAUCGGUGUGGACGCACGGCUUUACUUCGAGCUGGUCCUCGGCUCCUACCAGGGCUUCCUGGUGGCUUUGCUGUACUGUUUCCUGAAUGGGGAGGUCCAGGCUGAGCUCAAGAGAAACUGGGGCAAGUGGCAAUCGUCCAUGGAGAGCAAUGUCUUCAACCUGGUGACCCAGGACUUCACAGCCUGA